ACGACGUCAAAACGUUUUGGAAGGAAGUAGAAAGUGGAAUAUUUUUUUAAACUUUCAAACUGAUAAGAGAUCUAAAAAAUGAACAAAAUUUGCACACAUUGUGGUGCUAGUGCAAUCGAAGUAGAUGAUGAAGGUAAACUUGAAGUGUGCUCUAACUGUGGCGUGGUUUGUAACGAAGGAAGUUUUCACAACGAUACGCGAGGUGCUGUACGAACCUUUACGAGCGACCAUUCCAGCUUCUCUGGAGGAGCAGGAAACUGGAGAAAAAAGGAACAACAUCGUGUGAAAAAUAAACAUUUUGUGAUUGCAAAGAGAUGCUUAGAAGGCCAAGCAGAACGUCUUCGCUUAUCCAAGGAAUACACAACACAAAUCGAGGAGAAGUUGAAGACUUUGUACGAAGAGCAGUUAUAUAAAGGUCUUCCAAGGAACCGUAAGGCAUUUGUAGGAGCAUGUGUUUACAUUGUUUGUAGACAAAAUGAUAUGGUAGUGACCCUCAGGAACGUCGCUGAAGCAGCUCGAUGUGACGUGUCUAUCUUAGCACGCUGUGUUAGGAUGUUAACAGAUGCAAUGAACGUUCGAAUAGUAGCUAUUGAACCCGACGAAGUAAUUACGAAUAUCUUGUCACAGUUUGAGAUCCAAGAUCCCUCCACCAAGAAACUAGUUCAUGAUUUGUUCCAGUUUUGCUCCAAAACAAUGAUAAGUUUGGGGAAGAGAAUUACUUUGACUGUAAUGGCCUUGGUGUUUAUGGUCAUUGAGGGUGAGAAUAAAAAAGCCUUAAGUCGCAAAAAAAUUGCUGAAGUUUGCCGUUUUAACACUGUAACGCAUGAAUAUGUACAGAGAUUCGUACGCCAAUAUAGAGAAGAAUUGUUUAAGCUUGCAAAGAAAAUUCCUUGGAUGAGUUCAGAGUUAACUCCAAAGAAGGUGCCCAAAUUUCUGAAGGAAAUUCUUGAAUAUUAUAAAGACUGUGAAGAUUUCCACAAUGUGGACUUCAAACCACAAUGGCUGGAAAGAAAGGAUUUAAAGGAAAAAGAAAAAAUGCAAAAGAUUGAGAAAGCUGAGAAUAGAAUAGCUGCUUGCCAACAGCGCUGUGGGGAUUUGGAGAUUGAUGACAACAUUUCUCUUCAUAAAUUCUGCAAGCAAAUAUGCAGAAGCUCAACUCAAACUUCUAAUUCUGAAGUCUCAUUUCUGCCUUCAUCAGCUUCAGUUUUGCCAACAGAAUCAGAACUAGGCAGCGAGGAUAAGCAAAAGCACUGCAAGGAAGUUCCCAGUAACUCUUCUGAAAAUCCUGCUUCUGAUGUCUCAUCUUUGCCUUCAGACUUGUCCACAGCUACUGAGCUAGUCAGUGAGGAUGACCAGAUGGAUAUAGAUCAUGUUUGCUGCCCUCACUGUUGUGUAAACAAACAGGACUGUCCAGUUUAUCAGAGAACUGGUUCAUCCCGUUUCUGCAAACUCGAUGGAUGUGAUAUGAUAAUUGAGUGCUUGCUGCGUAAGGGGUAUUCUAGACAACGAUUAAUAGAAAGUAACCCAGAGUCACUCUUUUACAGUGAGAAUUAUAACACUGACUCUGAGGCAGAAAGAGAAGAGCUGGAUGAUGGUGACAUUUGUGAUGAAGACAUUCAUCUUUAUAUUAAAUCUGACCAUGAGAUUGCACAGACACAAAUGCUCAAAAUCAAUGUGACCUCUUAGUGUAAGAAGACAAGUAUAAGAAGCAUAUAACUCUAAGAUGAAUUGAGACUAUACAAGACAUAUCCUGCCAGUGACUAAUUAUUAUUUUUGUCAGCAAAUGUUACACUGUUUUGUUUAUUCUGAUUUUGAUAGAUGAUAUCUAAACUUACAGUUGAAACAUGUCAUCAAAUUUCAAAUAUCAUGCACAAUUCAAACUUCAAAUAUCAAGUGCAUUUGUACAUGUGAAAGUGCUUCAAGCCUAAUCCCUUAAUAUUAGACAUUCCAAGGUUGAGUAAAAUCUGGGUCGAUUUGGCAUGACAGGGCAUUGUGAGACUGUUUUAUCUCUCCUAAAACAGCAACGUACUGUAAUGCCAACUUGACCAAGGUUUUUCCUCAACCUCGGAAUGGCGCAAUAUAGCAGCAACUUCCUUCAACAGUCCUUCCUUAUCACUUUGAUAGUUUAUAUGUUUAAUUAAAUUGUUUAGUUCUACAGCAAUAAUAAUUAUUUUCGUACCACUUUUGUCCAUAGAAAUAUAAUAUUGGCAAGGGCAGACUAAUAUAUUAUGUGAUGAAAAACUUUGUGUCGAAAGAUUGGUCGUUGAUGUCAUUGAAGAUUUCAGUGCUUUUACUUGCUUUUACUUCAGUGGUAUUACUAAAAUACGGAAUGCCAUUGGAGAAUCUCUCAAAUCUAUGACUCGCAACCUUUUCAAAAAAAACCUUAAAGCCUCUAUAAUAUCAAAUUAUUGAUAGUUCUAUGAUGCACUUUUCUAGUCCAGCUGAUAGGAGCACAGCCCAUUUUGUCUUGUCUAAUGUCUUGUCUUGUCACCGGCUUAUCUUGUCUUGUCGUUUUUUGUUUUUGUCUUGUCUUGUCUUAUCCAUUGCUUUAGUCAAUCAGCAACAAAUAGAUUUUCUCCGCAUGGCCCAGCCACUUAGCUCGAUUAGCUAUUGCUAUUUCUAAUUGGCUGUGCUCUUAUCACCUGCAAUUUCAACUAUUACUAUUUAUAUCUGUAAACUAUUGAGCACAAAAAAGAUUGAUUGAUUGAUUGA